AUGGAUGUGCGGCGGCGGCUGCAGCAGCUGUUCCAAGACCCGCAGCCCACCGGGACCAUUGUGCUGGAGCGGGCGCCCGCCCCCGCCGCUACUUCCUGGAUCUCUCUGUCGGCACCCCCGCCGCCUCCUCCUCCGCCGCCGCCGCCGCCGUCGUCGUCGUCUUCCUUGCCGUCGGUGCCGGCAUCGCCGCCGCGGCGGCAGGGUCCGCUGCCGGAGGAGUGCGCCGUGUUCCACUGCCGCGGCUGCUGGACGGUGCUGGGCGACUCGCUGCAGCUGUGCGGGCAGGAGCCGCCGGGGCUCGGCGUCCUCGUCUGCUUCAAAGUCACCGGCGAUGUCACCUGGGAGGACUCGCUGUUGGUCGGCCUCGAGGGAGCCCUCCUGGGAUGUGCUUAUUAUUUAUUAUCCUGUCGGUCAUGUGGCUUGGCUGUGGGCUUCAUUCUUCAUUCUUCUGGCAGCGACCUGGCAUAUCUCCGAGACUUGUUCUGUUUCUUCAAGGAUAGCAUCAUCUGUUACCUUGUAAAAAAACAAAGGAUUAUAGAAGCUUCUAAGGUGAAUUUUCCACCUGUGACCUUAAAGGAACACAUGCAGAAAGUGAAAGAACAUCUUGUGGACUUCAACAGUCGCAUAGAAUUAGUGAUAAGGAAGCUGGAGAAACUGGAACAAAAUAAUUAUGCAACAGAAUGGCAAAACUCUUCAACAGAAGCAGAUGACCUAGUAUCAGGAUAUGCAAGAGUUAAUGCCAACUAAUACUCCUUUUCAAGAAGUGCUGGAGCUGUUUCUGCAUCUCUGCUGAGUUUGGUCAUUACAAAGACAUAAUACACCUGACCAGGUUUGAGUGUUGAUCUGUCACUUUAUCUGUGUGUGGAAAGAACUGAUGAUGAAGUACAUCCCUCCAGGGGAACACCUGAAAAUCUGACAUGCUGAAGUUAUGUUUGGAAGACUGAAUAGCUCACCCAUGCAGCACAUCACUCUCUGAGGCUGUUUAAGUGUGGGUUUGUUUUUUCUAAUGACUUCAGGGGGAAAACCACCCUUGUAAAUACUUGUCAGGUUUCUGGAGCUAUGUAAGAUAUACUUAACAAGGUGAUGAUAUUCAAGAGCUGCCAUUACAAACUGAACAUUCUUAAGAGACCUAAAGCUCCUUUCCUGCCUUUUAAUACAGACACAGUGUUAACGACAGCCUUGGUUUUAAUGGCAGCUAGUUUUUGGUCAAGUGGCUCCUUAGCCACAUCUGAUAUGUGAGCCACUGAUAAAUGGACUCCUGAAUAGUUUUCAUGUUUACUUGUGCAUGCUGCCUGCAAAAGCAGCAGAUAAGCACAUCACAGGUGCUGCAGUGUUCUUAGUGCAUGAGUCUGGAUGGCAUCAUGAAGGCAGAACACAAGGUUUUGGAUUUCUGGUCAAGGGCAAUCCACAUGCCUGCCAUGUCUGCUGAAGGGCAGCCCUAGGAAAAGGACUGAGUCAAAUUCUGCCAGCUAAGGCUGUGAAAAAGUGCCUUGAACAGAUUUGAGCAUUUCUUUCUGGAAUGUCAGCUAUGAAACCAAGAAGCAGUCUUCUACACAAUCCUGGAAGCAAUGUUUUCCUGCAAGUUAUGAUUUGCCUGUUGCCUUCAACUGGCCAGUUAAGAUAUUUCAUAAAAAAUACCUCUCACGGCUCAUGGUCAUUCCUCUCUGUUGAAAAUUGGUUCUGCUUAUUUCCAAACGUUUAGAAAAUAAUUUUACAUUAAAGAAAGUACUACUUACACUUUGUUAGUGGGAGAGAAUAUUCCUAAUUCUUGUUCUUGGAAGAUUAAGGGCCCUUUUCCUCUCUCUUUUGCUGUUUAAAGGGCUAAUGUUUUUCCCUAAGGGAAUAAUGAACUUUAUGGAAAGUUUAGUAGUUCUCUGUAGUAGUCUAUAGAGGAUUCUAUUUACUUGAUCGAUUUAAUUCCAGUGAUUUAAAUUGCCUUCUCCUUCCAUAUAUAUGACCAGCAGGUUGCAGACCUCAUUGCUGCUGCUGCCAAUUCUGUGUUUUGUCCUAUUUGUAAAAUAACUCAAAAUGGGCUUGGAGCAGAGGGGACAAAACUGACUGUAAGGCACCUGAGAGGUUUUAGGUGGGUAGCUGGUGCUUAGGCUAGUACUAAUGCUCACUGUGCUGCUUUCUGUUUGGGAGCUCUCUAUGGGCUUGGUUCGUUGUGGUAAGCAAAACCAGAGUAUCAACAGUCAUUCUGCAAGGGGAGGAGGGACUCUCACAAAUUCUGAUACCACCACUGAAGUACUUCCUUAGUCCUUGUGUUGUUGCACAAGUAUAAGAAAUGUGAUUGAAAAUGGGACUAUUUUAUUUUGCCCUUUCAUUCCGGUUUCUGCAUUGAGACUGAUUCUUGCUACUUUGUAUCUCUACUAUGAACAAUGCUAAAUUGUUUUGUUGCAUUAGUGUUAAUCUCUAAAAGAAAAAGAAA